AUGGCCACAGAACCACCACCAAACGCAAACCUCUUGUCAACCCAUUCAAGGAACCUGGCCACACCACCACCCCUCCCACCUCGGACGCCGCCAGUCACGUUGACGUCGAGCGAUGCCCGCUUGCCAGCGCCUGUGAACAACGGGCACCUUCCUCCAUCCCCAAAUGCAGAAGCAGCCAUCAUACCACUCAAGACCAGCUCGGACAGCACGCCUGAGGGUCGCAACGCGACCACAUCUCAAGUUGACGCGCUCGAAUCGGCUCCGGCCCGACUAAGCACACCUCCUCAGAACAUAUCAAGCAACUUGCUUGACCUCCCAAAGAUGCUGCCGAUCCCUCCCCGUCAAUCUUCCCGUCUGUCCCCCCCACGCCGGUCUUCACCGCUGCGAGAUCCGCCUCCACUUCCUCCCCGACAGCGGAGCCCAAUUCUGGGGCAGCCCACGCCUGUGUCCAAGCAGCAGCUCGACGAGUCGUCGGACGCUCUCCCUCCUGGGCAGCCGACGCAAUCCUCCAACACCGACUCACCAUCUACGGCUCACCAAGAUAAAGGUGACCCGCUUCGAUCAAACCUGAGCGCUAAAGAGAUCCACACCAAGGCCGUGCACCAUGUCGAGGCGAGCGAGCCUUCCCUAACUAUCCUUGGCAUCACGCCGUUGAUGUGGGCCGGACUCGCCAUCUUCUUCCUAUUGGGCAUCAAGCUGUUGGGCUGGCACAAGUUUUCCCUGAUUGCUGCAUGUGGCUUGGCCCCCGUCGCUGCACUCUGGCUCCUCCCGCUUCCCUCGUUCUCUCACAACGAGCCUUCACUUCCACCGCAGCCUGCUGACAAUGUUGGAUGGAUCAACCAUACGCUGCGAACGCUGUUUCCGUUGGUCUCGACUGACGUCCUGACGCCAUUUGUCGACUUGCUUGAGGACGCCCUCGUCCAGCAGGUGCCGCCCAUUGUGACAUCCGUCCGCUGCACUGACGUGUCCCUGGGCAGGGAGCCGAUCCAGCUCACGUCGCUCCGCACGAUCACAGACGAUGAGUGGUUCGCGAGUAUCGCACAGGGGGCGGCCGCCACAGGGAAGGGUCACUCUGGAACUCGAUCUAAUGCGUUGCCUUCGACACUUGCAAAAGGCGGGGAGACUGGCGGUGAGACGACCCAAGCUUCGGACCUGAGCGACUUUGGCCCCGAAACGGCGAGCGACACGUCGGGCGCUUGGAGAAGGACGCACGUGAGGACUGUCUCGGGCGCUUCUAACAGGUCAAACAAGGCGACCAAGUCUAUUGGUCCAUUGGGAACCAAGGGAUCAGCUGAAGCCAAGCCUGUACGGCCACUCUCUGUCUCCAGCCAGUUCUCCCUGGGCAAGGAGACUGCCAAGCUGCGAAAGCGCGACAACAUCGUGCGACGCCUCCGGCGAGGACGGCACCGUCACGACGAGGGGCUCGACGAGUUCGACGAGUGUGUAGACGAGGAGCUCAACUUCGACGAGCUCCAGAAAGGCGGCGCGAAGGGCUUCUACGUAAACUACGAGGUGUCGUUCACGUACCGCAGCACGCGCGAGAUGAGCAAGACAGGCACCGGUCUGCACAUGCUUGCAUACUUUGGCUGGGGCGUCAAGGGCCUCGGCGGUUCUGAAAUCCCCGUGUUCAUCGAUGUGUUGCAACUGAACGGCACGCUGCGGCUGCGGCUGCUGCUCAGUCCGUCACCGCCGUUUGCGCGCGAGGCGCAGUUCACAUUCGUCAAGAUGCCCGAGUUUGACAUCUCGGCCCGUCCCCUGCGCAACUUCGGCUUUGGAUCCGUUAACGCCAUGGAUAUUCCGCUCCUCAAGACUUACGUGCAGAAGUCGAUAGCCCAGGUAGCGGGAUCCUUCGUCUCGCCGCGCCACUUUCACCUCGAUGUCAACCGCCUCUUGCUCGGUAAGGACGCGGCCAUGCGCACCAAGGCUGUCGGCGUCCUGUAUCUCAUGAUCCAUGGGUGCGAUGACCUUCCUCGCACGGACACGUUGGGCUCAUGCGACCCGUAUGUUGCCGUGUCGUUCUCCAAGUUCGAUAAGCCGCUGUUCUCAACGCGUACGAUUGUCAACACGCUCGACCCGGUGUUCGAAGAGCCAGCCUUCUUGCUGGUGUCGAGUGAGAGCAUCGAGGUCGGUGAGCAGCUGCUGCUAAAGGUGUGGGACUCGGACAGGUUUUCCAUGGACGACUCGAUUGGACAGGUGAAGGUUGACAUUGCUGAGAUCAUCGAGCUCUCAGAGCGGACAAACCACGGGUAUGAGCUGUUCCGACGGCACGACGAUCUUAUGCCUGAGCAGCCGGGCAUGCGUGCGCAGGGCCAAAUCGACUGGAGUGUGCGCUUCUUCCCGCUUUGGCAGGUCCCCGUGAGCGAGUUCCACCGCCGCCUUGAGGCAAUCAGGGACCGGCGGGGCGACGACGACAAGACCGUUGCGCCAUGGUGGCUGAAGUGGCUCGAUGACUGGAUCGAGAAGCCCGAAUGGGAGCUGGAGCGUGCUAAGCGCCGCAAGGAGAUGGUCGACAACUUCACUGGCGAACGGGAACGCGACGAGAUCGAGGCAGCGAUGCCGCCGACGGACGAGUUCCCCUCGGGCGUCCUCCAAUUCCACGUACACCAAUGUGCCGAGCUCGAGAUGUACCCCGACGCAGGUACAUUCUCGGGCAGCAACAUCAGCCGGCGCAAGAGCCCGGCGUCGGGGAAGCCGGCGCUGAGCGACGUCAUCGACCGAGCACCCGGCGAGAACCCCGAACCGCCCAGCGCUUAUGCCGAGGUCCACUUGAACGACAAGUACGUGUUCCGCACGCGGACAAAGCGCGUGAACCCGCAGCCGUACUUCAACGCGCUGAGCGAGCGGUUCAUCUGCGACUGGCGAGAAGCGCGUAUAAGGUUUGUCGUCAAAGAUGAGCGGGACCGAGAGCACGAUCCGAUCAUCGGCAUCGUAAGCUUGCGUCUGCGCGACGUGCUCUCAAGCUGUUCCCAAACGACGAGAUGGUUCCCGAUCGUCGGCGGUCUCGGCUUCGGCAAGCUCCGCAUCUCGCUGUUAUUCAAACCAGUCGACAUCAAGCUCCCGCGUGGCCUGAGCUCGUUCGACGUGUGUACGUUCGAGAUGGCACGCUUGCAGACGACCGACUUUGAGGAGGCACUCGGCAAGAUGCCCUGCAUGGUGAUUGAGAGCGAGUAUGACCGGGUGAUUUUACAAGGCCCCGCAGAGGAGGCGGGAUACCACGAGGACGACGAGGGCAACGGGCGCCCGCGCAGCGGAACGGUAACCAGCGUGACAGCCAAGCGCCUCUCGGAUCGGCCAUUCACAAUGCCGCGAGUGCAGGACGCGGCCCUCGGGUGGGACCUGCCUUCUCCCGUCCGCUUGGCUGUGCAGUAUCGUCACAGCUGCAGCAUGGUGCUAAGCCUUGUAACGCGGCGCAGGCUCCAGAAGAACCGUGUGCAUGCGCUCGCAGUGCUCUCCCUCACUGGCGUUCCAGACAACGAGGUGACGCAGCGCACUGUGCCUGUCUUUGCUACGGCCAGCGUAGAAGACGCAAUGCGUGCCAACGCGGCGUAUGUGGCACACGCCGCUCUCGCGAACGCUGCACCGCCCAAUCUUCCGGAAUACGUCCAGGCCAUCGGCUUCAUCAAGGUGGAGUUUGCGCUUCAUCCUGGCGUGAGUCGCGCGCACCGCAAGCUCGGCAAGCGCGACCUCAGAUUCAAGGCUGUGUACGAUGGGUGGGAGGCGACACGCCUCCUCCAACAUCCCCACGAGACGGAAGACGGGGCGAGCGAGAGCAGCGAUGUCGAGCUGAGCGCCGACGAGGUCGCGAGCGGCAAAGAGAGCGCCGAGGCUAUGCGUAAUGACGACGUGCGUUCUCUGCGCGAAGGGCGCAGUCAUGUCAAGGCACUACACAAGAACAACAAGGGUAUAUUCCAGCUCAAGAUUGCGCGCACGGGCAAGUUUGUCAAGGACAAGGUGCAGGCGCGGGUGCUGAGUACGACGGGUAAAACGAACCUCGCGCAGCGCCCGCACGGCGCCGACGUGCAUGUGGAGGAGGAGGGGGUGAGUAGGGUGGGUUAG